AUGAUUAAAACUUGCAUUCGACCUUCCAGACUACUACAGCACCGACAAUUUAUACGGUGUAAUUCAUCGAAAGACAUAACAGUCGAUGGCAAGACAUAUGAAUCUGACAAUUGGACAAACGUUCCACCUUUCAUGUUGAAAUUGAUUGAUCGAAAACUUCAUAAAAACCCUAAUCAUCCUAUUGGUAUACUACAAGAUUUAAUAAAGACGAAUGUCAAAGGUAUGGGAUACACCAUAUAUGAAGAUUUUCAUCCAAUUGUUACAAAAUAUCAAAAUUUUGAUAGUCUUGGAUUUCCCGAGGAUCAUGUGGGUAGAUCAAAAUCAGAUACUUAUUAUUUUAAUAAAAAUUAUUUGUUGAGAACUCAUACUUCGGCUCAUGAACAAGAAUGUUUUAUCAAUUCAAAAACACCAGGAUAUUUAAUAACUGCCGAUGUUUAUAGAAGAGAUGAAGUCGAUAGAACUCAUUAUCCUGCAUUUCAUCAAUUAGAAGGUGCUAGAGUCUGGAAUAAAGGAGAUUUGGAACAAAUUCAAAAAGAUAUUGAUUCAAUACCAAAAACAAAUAUUGUUGUGGAGGAUCCUUUUAGAAAUGAACCUGUCACCAAGAAUAAUCCUGCUCAGCAAUAUAUGACAAACGAGGAGAUAAGAUUAGUUUCAACUCAUUUGAAAAAGACAGUGGAAUAUAUUGUCAACCAAGUUUUUGAAAAGGCAAGAGAAUCAGCAAAAUUAGCAGGUUCAACUGAACCAUAUUUGAAUGAACCAUUAAAAAUACGAUGGGUUGAAGCUUAUUUUCCAUGGACAGGACCUAGUUGGGAAAUUGAAGUAUGGUGGAAAGGAGAAUGGUUAGAAUGUUGUGGGUGUGGUGUUGUACAAAAACAAGUUUUGCUUAACUCUGGAUUGGGUGAUCAAAAAAUAAGUUGGGCUUUCGGUAUAGGUCUAGAUAGAAUUGCUAUGUUGUUGUUUGAUAUCCCUGAUAUUAGACUUUUCUGGACACAAGAUGAAAGAUUUCAUAAACAAUUCAAGCAAAAUUCAAUUAAUACUUUUACACCAUAUUCAAAAUAUCCUGGUGUUAAAAGAGACGUAUCAUUCUGGUUGAAUAUAGAUAAUAUUUUGCAUUGUAAUGAUUUGAUGGAAAUAGUUCGAAAUCAUGCUGGUGAUUUAGCUGAAAGUGUUGUUCUAGUAGAUGAAUUUACACAUCCUAAGACUGGAAAGUCUUCACAAUGUUAUAGAAUCAAUUAUCAAUCAAUGGACAGAAACUUAACAAACAACGAAAUUAAUGAAAUCCAUAACAAGGUUGAAAGUCAAUUGAUUGAUGACUACAAAGUAGAAAUUAGAUAA